AUGACUUCCGAGGCUCCUGAGUCCACCUCACCAAACACUAUCACCAAGACCGAACACGCGGUCAGAAUCUCGGCCAGCGUUUCAAUAACGACGGAUCGUGCUACCGAGUCUAUGCAAGAGCAAGCAGUAGUGGAGGGUCUGAUGGCUAAGCAGGGCUACAGGAUAGAGACAUCCUUUAUGGCCGCAAUGGACAGAUUCUCCUCAGAGCUACAGACGCUUUUUCAGGAGAGGAUGUCGGUCACGUCAUCCGCGACGCCUCCUAGAGCCUGA